AUGCACCCAUUAAACCCUUUUCUCCGUGCCUUCUUCCGCAGUACUAUUCCUGCACAAUGCGUCCCAAUUCAGAACCAUGUCCUUCUUGUACCCAUUACUGAAUCGCUUGUGAAUGCGCUAGACCGAGAUUCGAACCUGACGUAUGCCGAUAUUGUUGCGUCAGAGGAGUUCCUGGGAAGCCAUGUCUUGCGCAUCACUACCCCUAUCGGCUCGCCUGCAAGUAAGGAUGGAUUGAGUGUACGGGAUAGUCGGGGGAAGGCAAGGCAAAUUACGACAGUAAAUGGCCGGACUGUGGUGAUCAAGGAAACAUUGGUGUAUAGCAAUAAAGGGUUUAAGACGUUGAACCAAGCGCAGUUACUGUCCGAUAUACUUUACUAUACCUCAAACAACGAAUCGCAGCCAUGGCUGAUAUAUUAUAUCUCGCGCCCGUUGAUUGGCACUUUCCAGCCUAUCAGGAUUUCACCUGCUGUUGUCCCCGGCCUUUUGCCAAAACCUGCGGAAUCCCCUAAAGGAGGAAAUCCAAAUGAAAACCACGCGUCGCAUUUCUCGAAGAAAGAGAUCAAGUCGUUUGCAGAAUUGCUAGCAAAUUUCCCGAUGAUUGCGCGGCAAAUGCAACCUGGGUUGGAAAGGGUGUUUCGAGAGUUUGGCAAAGAGCUUGGGAAGCCAUUGCCGCCACCACCGUCCUCCGUAUCAUCUCCAGCCAUGUCAGGCCUGGAAGCGCAUGACGAGACUACGGAACCUGAACCUUGGCGAAGUAGAUCGCUUGCAAAUGUGUUGCCGAUAAACGAAGAAAGCCUUCCUUUCAACUCUUCAGACCAUUUUGAGGACGACGAAGAUCUUUUGAGGAGGGCUUUAGAAACAGCGGUUACCACUGCAAUUGAUCUGUUUCGACUAGUCGAUAAACAGCAGCUUUCACUGUUAGGGGCAACAACCGAUUUAACGGGCUCCCUGGUUGAACGCCUCAUCGAAAAACAUGUGGCACAACAAGUCCAUGAUUCAUUAUUAUUUCCUCGACUUUGUGGCUACCGCCAGGGGGAGGAUGCAGAGUUAGAUGCUCGUAUUCGUCAAAUGGAGAAUAUUGAUGUUUCGCAAGUUGGGAUUGUUAUUGAGGGUGGCCGCCAAGGGAAACAGGAGCUCAUUCACCGUCUUGAAAGAGGCGUGGAUGAAUUUCGAAGAAUAGCAGAUGCAAGAUGUCCUCAGGACAUGCUCGAAAUUUUGCUGGCAACUAUUAAACUCGUGACGGUAAUGGAAACCCCUUCCUUGCCAAAUAACGAAGAUUCAUAUGGCCACUGCGAGAAACAACGCUCUGUGCUUGCAAUGAAUGCAGAUGUUUUAGUUUCAUUAUUACUUGUGGUUAUUAUCCGGUCACAAGUUCGAAACCUUCAAGCCAGGCUUUUAUACAUGCAACAGUAUAUCUAUACUGAUGAUGUUGAAAGUGGAGAAUUUGGAUACGCUUUGAGCACUUUCGAAGCCGUUUUAAGUUACCUGCUGAGAGAUUCAAGAGCUCUUAGGCGAGCAAGCGCUCGAAACAAACGACUUUGGACCGCUACAAAAGCCGGAAGGAUUUCGGAGAUAAAAGCAAUACUAGAUCCAGAUAGCCUCCAAGAUACCCCUGCUGACGAUAAUGGCGAUGAAGACGGGAUUCCGAGUUUACCAAACGUCGAAGACUGUGACACCUCGCAGCACAUAUCUACUCAAAAUUCAUAUAUGAACGGCACUAUUACCGAGCCAGUUAGUAAAGACCAACACCCAACGCCUGAAACACCAUCACUUUCUCACGUUUUCCCCUUUCAAACUUGGUCUAGAACCUCUCCUUCAAGACCCCAUACGCAAACGCGAAAAAAGGUUUCCAUGGAUAUGCGGAGUCUCUCAGAGUCAUCGACAGUGUCCAUUCUUUCUCGAACGACAACAAUCGGUUCAACAGCCAGCGCACUGGAAGGAGAUACGUCCAUUGAAAGCCUCACAAAAACACAGGAUCCGGCGGGCGACUCCGUCCCAAUGAUGGCAGUUGAAGCGCGCCAACCGGAGGCACUGAAGUUCUUACUUAGCUGCGAAGAAUAUUAUCCCCUCGAAAGCAUACUGGAAGAUACCAACAGUGACGGAACGACAUUACUGAGCGCCGCUGUGCAGCUUGCGCACACCGAAUUAGUUGAUAUAAUUCUGGAUUUCGUAUCGCAAACGUGUGAUUCUCGAUACUAUGCGAAAGCCGACCGGAGAGGCCGGACAGUCGCUCACUAUCUUUUCUGUGUUCCUUCGCUUAUGUCUCGAUUGGGGUGCGCUCUUCCAUGGCGACAAAAGGAUAAAAACGGACAGACACCUCUUUUUGCCCUCUGCAGGUCGUAUGACCAUCCCGACUAUAGUUCCAUGGUAAAUGAAGCAUUAACAGUCGCACAAAAAGCACAAGGCGACGGCAAACCUCUGAGGCUAGAAGACCAUGUUGACGGGAAAGGAAACACUCUCUUACAUGUUGUUAGCGAUUCACGGAUAAUUGUUAGGAUCCUCAAAGAGUGUGAUUGUGACCCCAAUGCUACAAACGAUAAAAAGUUUACACCAUUAAUGAUGGCAAGUAAAUACGGCCGUGUGGAUCUAGUGCGAAUAUUUUUGGGAGAUCCACGAGUCGACGUCCAUGUCCGAGAGAUGCGAGGCCUCACCGCAGUCGAGUUGGCGAAGGACGACGAAGUCCGCAACCGAAUUGACGAUUUAAUACUCUUCUCCAAUGCCCCUUCUUCUAAUAGUGACCCUUCAGGGAGGAUCACAACAGUUGUACGAUCGUUGUUUGUCGAAGACGCUAGUGUCCGUUUUAUAAUUAAAUCUGGUGCCCCCAGCCUUGAAAGAUCAUCUCAAAGCGCAUCACCGCAAGAUGUCAUGGCAUACACAAUAACAACCUGUCGUCGGAGCAUAGCCGAUUUCGAGAAUCUCGUAAAGUUCCUCAAAAUUGAGCACCCAGCAUCAUACAUUCCAGAAUCCCCCGAAUUCCGCACUCCGUUUCAAAUACCAUCAAAACCUUCAAGAGCUGUCCUACAUGACGUUCAGGAGCGUCUAGACCUGCUUUUAAAAAUCUUACUAUCCCAUCCUACAUUCUCCACCCACGAGAUGCUCUGGGAAUUUUUCCUCGUCCCUGAAAUGCAAACGGAGAUGAUAGAAGACAGAUCCCGUCGAAAAGCUGAAGCACUUGCAGAGACAAUUGCCGACGACUACGAACCAGUAACUAAAGAAGGGAUCCGUGAUGUUGAGCAGAUUGUGUCUCAUGCGCAGGACGCAGUCAGGGCCGUCAACGCUGCCACCCGCAGCCUUAUUCGUCGUGGCCACCUUCUCCAGCAUGCAUAUUCCGACUUUGCAGACUCAGUCGUUCUCUGUGCAUAUGCCAUUUCAUCACUUCAACCCCCUUCCAAUUCCCUUCCAACCUCACACGUGGAAACCUUUGCCCGCUACGCCGCCUGCAUCUCCACAUCCUCCAUAGAUUCCUCCCCAUUAAUGCAAUUCCUCAUCACCCUGACAUCAUCGCACAGUACCACAACUGCUGUCCUAGAAGCCCUCGCGCGACCAGGAAAGCUCAUCUCCAAUCUCAACAUUGAAAUUCGUGACCUGACAAGGGCACAUUCGUCGCUUUCGUUUUCGUCUGUCCCGCGGAAAUUCAACUUCCCAGGCCUGGAGGAAUCGCGACAAAAAUCGAUGCGUGAUCUGGAACAGAAAAUCACAGAGUCGACGGCCGAGGUUGAACAGUUGGAAAAGGAGAUAUCGUGGAAUAAGGAUGUGGUUGUUGGUGAGCUGGCUGGCUGGACGUCGUGGAGGGAAAAAGUUGGGAGGGACGCCAUUCGGGCUUUCGUUAAAACUACGUUGGUUAGGGAGGAGGAGAGAUGUAGGGGGUUAGAAAGAUGUUUGAGGAGUGUUAGGGGUAAAUAG